GAGGAGAAUAAUGUGCAUUUUGCUUGUUGUUAUAGUGAAACCCCUGCAGAUGAGGAGCAGAGACCACUUUUCCCUAAUGCUGGUACUUAUUUCUCUGUCUGCUGCUGAGCAGUCUUGUAAAAAGCAAAACAGAACCUUUCCCUGGCCAGUUGCAGGUGCUGUCGCAAAGGUUUGCAGAUCGGUUGUAAUUUAGCGAUUCCAGCACAUGUCCAGCGCGCUGCUUCACUUCGGGGAACGUGGAGGGAGCCAAAUGGACGGCUGGAUGUCACGGAACAACAGGGAAUAUUCUGGGAGGCAGAGGUUCCAGCUGGUAAAAUCUGAAUCAGCUCAUCACAGGUAAAUGUGUUUUUUUGAGGUUUGUGGCCUGGCCUGGAUGCAUGGAUGAGCUAAAAAACACAGCAGAGCUCAUUCACGUUUGUUUUCCCAGCCAUCCUUGGGCCAGUGUGGGUGGAACGGCCUGUUCGCUGCCACCCUCUGAGCUUCAGUCUUGGGGACUUUGCAGUUCUUGAUCUGUUGUAGAGAAAACUGGUGGAAUUAAUGAGGAUUUAGGCGUUGUGAGCUUAUCUUUCGUAAGAUUCUGUUGGAUACUUCCAUGGCAGUAGGUUAUUAAACAGUUCAGCCAUGUUAAUAGACAGACCGAGCUGACAUAUUAACACUUCUGUGUCCUCGGAAUGUGUUAAUGCAGGUUAAAUUCCAGCGGAGCAGUGAGGGAGAACUGCAGUUCCUCUCGCAAGUGUGCGGACCUGCUCCUGGGCACGUCAGCGGCUGUUUCAAAGAGAAACACACUGACCUGUCUCCGUGAUGGGCAUGUUAGUUGUGGUGUAUUUAUUAUAUUAGUGAGACCUUGUAAUACAUGGUUAGAAGAUGUGCUGCCACUUGUCAAAGAGCCAGCCAAGCAUCCAGAGCAGCAAACUGCAGGAUUGCUAAAUGCCCCAAAACAUUAAAUUUAAAGGUUGUUUUCCUGCCGCUUGUUUUGUGUUGACCUUUGGAGGAGUUGCUCCAGCUCUUCUGUGAGUGUUUCUGCUGCUCUGUCCUCGCUGGGUGCUGAGGCUCCACCUCAGACAUUCACCCAACUUCUGUGUUUGGUCAUCGCUUCAGCAUGUAGAAAAUCCCCAACUUUGAGUUUUCGUGCAGUGCAAUUAUUGUAUUGAUUUGGACUCAAGAAUUCGGGAAUAAGUUGCGGUUGUGAGACUGAGCUGCUGGUGCUUUGGCUUUUCCUAGCGGUUAAAAGGGAGCGAAGCAUGUGUGGCUUCACUUGGGCGUUUUUCAUUCUCCUUCCAUUACACCAUGUAACAGCAGAGCUACCAAAACUCCGCGUGCUUUUCCCAGAAGCAAAAAUCAUCAGAUCACCAGAAAUGCCAGUGGUUCUUAGAGGUGUUUCUCUGGGAUCCUUCCCGUGUAAUAAACACUUAAAUAAAAUCUCUGCUUUACUCAGCAGUUUCUACAGUAAUUAUCUAGGCAGAAGAUCGUGCAAAUUCUUUCCAGAUUUCAAUUCUGCAAGAAAAAUAGUUGGGUUUUACAGCUUGUAGAAGACAAAACUCUUGGUCGUUUCUCAUCCAGCAAUAUCUGGAGUUAAGGCGCUGCGGCAAGAGGCUGCUGGGAGCCUGUGCCCUGGGUCUGCGUCCCAGAAACACCUUAAAACCCUGAGCAGCUUGGACUGGAGCUGCAGCUUCUUCCAGAUCUAUGCAGAAGAAGCAGAAAACCCUGGAGAAAUGGGGAUUAAGGAGAUGCUAGUUUGUGACACACCAAAAUCAGGUGGUGCUGCCCAUAGUGAGCUCCUGCCACCUUGUUGUUUAAUGAUAAAUGCCCUCGGCCGCUAACGAGUUACUGAUUCGGUGACCGCGUGAGGCUGAGGAUGAGGAAGGAGGCAGAGGAAGGAUGGAGGGCAAUUCCACUGCUGGAGCCUUUGCUGCCGUGCAGCAGUUCAGUGUUGCUGACCUUGUUGUUGUGGUGGUUUAUUUUUCCUUGAACGUUGCGGUGGGAAUAUGGUCUUCAUGCAGGGUGAACAGGAACACCGUCAGCGGCUAUUUCCUUGCUGGCAGAGACAUGGCAUGGUGGCCAAUCGGCGCCUCCCUCUUCGCCAGCAGCGAAGGCUCAGGGCUCUUCAUCGGGCUGGCCGGGACUGGCGCUGCCGGGGGAAUCGCUGUCACCGGCUUCGAGUGGAAUGCGACCUACGCUCUCCUGGCGCUGGCCUGGGUGUUCGUGCCAGUCUACAUCUCAUCUGGGAUUGUCACGAUGCCCGAGUAUCUCCAGCGAAGGUUUGGAGGGGAGAGGAUCCGCAUGUACCUCUCUGCCUUGUCACUCCUGCUCUCCAUCUUCACCAAAAUCUCGACGGAUCUGUACUCGGGGGCCCUCUUCGUGCAAGUCUGCCUGGGCUGGGACCUUUACCUCUCAACCGUCCUGAUGCUAGUGGUCACUGGGCUCUACACCAUCGCAGGGGGGCUGGCGGCGGUCAUCUACACCGAUGCGCUACAGACACUCAUCAUGGUCCUUGGAGCCAUCGUGCUUGCAGUGAAAGCUUUUAAUGAGAUUGGAGGUUACCCCAACCUGGAAGAGGCCUAUUUAAAAGCCAUACCAUCCAAGAUCGUUCCCAACGCUACCUGUCACCUGCCCAGAGCGGACGCAAUGCACCUUUUCCGAGACCCGAUCUCUGGAGACCUGCCCUGGACUGGGAUGACUUUUGGGUUGUCCAUCAUGGCCAUGUGGUACUGGUGCACUGACCAGGUCAUCGUCCAGCGGUCGCUCUCUGCUAAGAGCCUGAGUCACGCCAAAGCCGGCUCCAUCUUGGCCAGCUACCUGAAGAUGCUGCCCUUAUUCAUCAUCAUCAUGCCAGGGAUGAUCAGCAGGGUCCUGUACCCAGACGCUGUGGGCUGCGUGGACCCUGAGGAGUGCACCCGCGUGUGUGGGGCCGCUGUGGGCUGCUCCAACAUUGCCUACCCCAAGCUGGUGGUGGAGCUGAUGCCCAGCGGGCUGCGGGGGCUGAUGAUCGCUGUGAUGAUGGCCGCGCUCAUGUCGUCCCUGACCUCCAUAUUCAACAGCAGCAGCACCCUCUUCACCAUGGACAUCUGGAGGAAGCUGAGGCCGGGGGCCGGCGAGCGAGAGCUGCUCUUGGUGGGCAGGGUGGUGACGGUGGUGCUGGUGGCCCUCAGCGUGGUCUGGAUCCCCAUCCUGCAGAGCUCCAGUGGUGGCCAGCUCUACAUCUACAUCCAGGCUGUCACCAGCUACCUGGCUCCUCCUGUCACCGCUGUCUUCAUUCUGGCUGUCUUCUGGCCCCGAGCUAAUGAGCAGGGAGCUUUCUGGGGGCUGAUGGUGGGGCUGGUGCUGGGAAUGGCCAGGAUGGGGCUGGAGCUGGCUCACCCCCCGCCCCGCUGUGGCGUCCCCGACCUGCGUCCCCGCGUUCUGGCUGACAUCCACUACCUGCAUUUCGCUGUGUUGCUCUGCACCAUCACGGGUGCCAUCGUGGUGGGGGGCAGCCUGCUGACCCCCCCACCACCCCUGGCCCAGCUAAAGGAUCUCACCUGGUGGACCUUCUCACAGGAGCCGCCCCAACCCUCCGUGGAUGGCACAUCCCAGGGACCCACUAAUGGUUCCUGUCCAGCCACCCCAGGCAGCCAGCAGCCAUCAAAGCCUGAGAGACCCCCAGUUGUGACCCUCGGGGACCCCACAGAGCCCCCGUUCUGGGCCCGCGUCUGCACCAUCAAUGCUGUUAUCCUGAUGUGUGUCAAUAUUUUCUGCUAUGCCUAUUUUGCCUAGGUGGGAAAGGUGCUGGGAGAGGGGCAGAAAUGGGGAUUUGGGUGAUAGUUUUUAUUUGUCACAUCUGGGACACGGGAUGUUUAAAUCCACUGGGUGUUCUCAGCGUCACAGACUCUGAAUGCAUCCCAGGGGGUUGUGAGGUGUGUGUGGGCAUUUGUAGGGUCAGUGAGUCCCCAGGAGGGGUCUGGGGAAGGUACUGGGGUGGGCGAAUGGGGCUGCAGGGGAAGGAAAACCACAGCGAAGCAGUGAACGUGGUCACAGGACCACUGUGGUGGUGCUGAAAAAGGAGCAGCCACGCUCAAGGGUGUCACUCAAACACGUUUUACUAGCUCUAAAUAAAAAUAUAAUAUUAAAACAAAA